AUGCUAAAAAAAAGAAAAAGUAAAAGCAGUAAACUUGCUCGAAUGAAUGAAGAAGAACGCGCACGUUAUAUGCAGCAUCGAAUUGAAUUUGAACUGGAAGCUAAAAGGCGUAAACAACAAUUAAUAGCUAUUUUCACUAAGAACAAAUUAAAGCGCGAAGAAAUAUUUUCAAAAUUAAAUAUUGCCAAAAUUAAUGAAAAAUGGAGAUAUGUUUUACGACAAAUAAAAUGUAAAGAACUUCAUAAAAAUGUGAAACAUCUUUCCACAACUUUUGAUAGAGUAGUAAAAGCUAAAGAUGCAACAAUUUCUUAUCUUUACAAUGAAUUAAAAAUAGCAGAUGCAGACCACAGAAAACUUCAAGAGACUCAUAUUUUAUUAAUUAAUAAUGCAGGAAACAUGACAUCAGAUCUUGUAGACCAAUCUUCUGUACAAAUAGAAAAUCUUUGGGAAGAGUUACAGAGAAUAAUAAAGGAAUAUCAAAGAAUAGUUGAGAAUAAAAAAAAACAGUAUGAGUAUUUAAAAGAACAAGAUGAUACUUCUCAAAUGUGUAUAUCUCAAUAUCCGAAUGUACAUUUACAAUUACAGAAUGUUAUUGAAAGUUUAAAAUUCAAUAUACAAUUACUAUCACAAAAAAAAAAUGAACAAAUUGCAAAACUUAAAGUAAAAGAUAUAAACAUAAAGGAAAAAUACAAAAAUAUUAAACAUGAAUUUACUGUAACUCAAACAAUAGAUAUUUCACAAUUAAAAAGAUUGACUGUUGUAAGCAACAAUGUUCUAAAAUAUUUACAAAGAAUUGUAGAGAAAGGUUCUAUGAUCCUUGGAAUAUUUAAAAUAUGUUCCACCUUGGAACCUUUACUGUUUAAUUUGAAGAAAUAUUUCAUACCAAAUGCAGUAUAUGCUGAAUGUGCAGAUGCUAAUAUACCAGAAUCGUGCGGUAAAGUCAGCAACUUUUGGGAAUACUAUAAUCGUAUAAAAGUAAAUAAUAUUCUGUUGAAAAAAGAAGGUAACCAACUUUGUAUAGAAAAUAAAAAAUUAAAAUACAAAUUACAAUCAUGCCUCACCAUCAAUUCUGGUAUAUUUGCAUUAUAUCCACUUACUUUACCAUUAGAUUAA